AGGACAAUAUUAUUUCUGAAUUCCUUUCUUCUUCCCUAAUUUAUUGCUUUACAUUACUCCAACCAGUUGUGUCAAACAUAGAAUAUGUUCUAUGUUGUGUCAAACAUUGAAUACCGUCGUAAAAACAAUGUAUUCUAUCAUGAAAUGCUUCUUUAAAGCUCUAAGGAAAUUAGUACCAAAUUUUACAUUGUUCAACAGCAAAUGAAUGCUAUCACUCACCACACACUCCACCCACUGUGACUAUCUCAGCAAUCUUGUCAUCACAUACACUAUUCAUCAAGUCCUUCAGUACAGUCUCAUUCAGCCCUGUGCCUGACACCACGCAGCUGCAGAGAUGAAUAACCAAGGAGUUACCUAUGCAGAACUCAGUCAGGUUAAGGGUUCAAAAAGACAGCAAGUGAAAGCUAAGAGCACUAAGAGUCCCAUUUCAGAAACUGAGCAGGAAAUAACCUAUGUAGAAUUAAAGCUUCAAGAUGCUUCAAAUCUUCAAAAUGCUUCUCAUGAUCCUCAAAGGAACAGCAAGAACUCCUACUGUAAAGGAAGGCUCAUUGCUGGGAUCCUGGGAAUCAUUUGCCUUGUCUUGAUGUCCACUGUGGUCAGAAUAGCUGUUAUUCCCUCUUAUCACUGUUGUCCGAAAGAGUGGCUUACAUGUGAUAACAAUUGCUAUUAUAUUAGCACUGAAAGAAAAUCAUGGCAUGAGAGUUCAGAGUCCUGUGCUUCUAAGAACUCUAACCUACUUUCCAUAGAUGAUGAAGAGGAAAUGUGUUUGUUGUAUGUCUUCAUUCAUUCUUCAUGGAUUAAAGUCUGCCAGAGAAGCCACUAUAAUUCAUCUGUGUGGCCAAAAGGCUCAUCUUUCUUUUCCAAAGGGUUGUCGAUAUCCUCAGAGAGUGACAAGGAUUGCCCAUUUUUUAAUUUUGACUCAAGAAAAUGUUCUUUUGACUCCUGUUUAGAAAGGAAAACAUAUGUUUGUAAACACCAGGCAUAUUAGCCACUUAAUUUUGGUAUAAUGCUUUCUCACCAUCUUAAAAAAUUAUAUAUAUCUCAU